UUAAGACUGGGAUACAAAUAGAAUAAUAUUAGCAUAGAUGCCAUUCAAUUUAUUGCAAAGUUAUAGAUCAUGAUCAGUGUUUCUGGUUUCUGGUUCCGGCAGACCUAACUAAAGCAGCAUAAUUGUGAAUUGAAGGAUAAAUUAUGUGUAUGCCUGGCUAAAUAGAUGAGUCUUUAGUCUAGACUUAAACUCAGUGAGUGUGUCUGCGUUUCCAUAAUUUAGGAGCCAAAUAUGAAAAGGAUCAACCUCCUUUUGUGGAUUUUGAUAUUCUAGGAACUAUUAACAGGCCGGAGUUUAGACAUUUAUUCAUUUGGCAGACGCUUUUAUCCAAAGCGACUUACAAAAGAGACUUACUCUUAGGAGAUACUGUACAAAAUUCAGAAUUAAAGACAAAGAAAUUAUUUCGAAAAUCUUAAAUUGAUUUUAAAUGAUUACCUAAUAAUAUUUAUAUCAGAUUAUUGGGAGGGACUUGUCCCCCUCAAAGUAUAUUAUGGUUACGGCCCUGAUUUAAAUGCUUACAGAAUUAUUACAUUCAUUUGUUCAUUCUGUUAAAACAUUGAAAGCUGUGUAUUGUGGUGUUGUAGCCUAUUGCUGUGCUAUCUUCAUGCAAUUUUGUGUAUGGAUUUUUUAUCUUACCCGUGACCUGGAUGAUCUGAUUAUUUCACAUCAGCAAUGAAUACAUUUCUAUCUCUUUCCAUGUUUUAUUACGCUUGUUUGUUAAUCCAGGUACAUGUAUAACCAUGCCAUAAAGAACUCCUAGGAACAAAUGGUAGGCUAUACAAGUCUCCAGACCAGGGACAUUUAAACAAGAUUAUCUUGGCAGAUGGUGUAACAUUAAUUAAGGCAACUUAAUUAAGCUUCUUAAUGUAAAGCAACCGCUCUGUGAGAUUUACAGACCUGUAGGAUGCAGUAAUAGGAAGAAGUGCUGUAUUGAAGCAGGCGGCUCUGAAACAUGACGUUUCAGCAAAGUGAGCGGAGGCAUUUUCCUUAGUGACGUCGCAUUAUACCGGCUGUUUGAUUCGAAAACAGCCACAGAGCGUGUAAAGAAGAAAUGACCGACAGUGACCUCGGAUAAGAUGUUGAAGACCUACUCAAUGUCUUCAUCUCGUCACAACCCAUCAGCAUUGAUGUAGAAUUAAGUAAAACGACGAUUGUAAAUUUUAUUAGCGCCUUCGAGACGUCGAGAGGAAAACGGAGUCCUUACGCACCAUUCUGUCUUCCGUGCGCUCACAUUUAGUACUGCGUAAAUAAUGGAAAAUGUUGAAACAUCCGAUGAAAACGGAACGUUGCAUUAUACUAACGGUUUAGUAAACGGAUUUCGCAGUCCACCGUCCGGUAACGGGGACUGUAUUUCUGGAGGUGGUCUGGGUGUUACUGACAGCGGUUGUAACAGUAGCGGUGGCCAUAAUGGUAUUGAAAAUUUCCACCAUCUUCAUCAGGAUCAUGUACACAACAAUGGUUCCCCUGCGAAGCGCUGCAGACUCAGAAGACGCGUGGAUUCGGGAAAGAAGAACAGACCGCCCUUUCCGUGGUUUGGGAUGGAUAUCGGAGGAACCCUGGUUAAGCUGGUUUAUUUUGAACCCAAGGACAUCACAGCUGAAGAAGAACAGGAGGAAGUCGAGAGCCUGAAGAGCAUUCGCCGCUACCUGACCUCCAACGUGGCCUAUGGCAACACAGGUAUCCGUGAUGUGCACCUGGAGUUGAAAAAUCUCACCAUGUGCGACCGCAAAGGCAACCUGCACUUUAUCCGCUUCCCCACUCAAGACAUGCACCGCUUCAUUCAAAUGGGCCGAGACAAGAAUUUCUCCAGCCUGCACACCACACUGUGUGCCACCGGUGGAGGCGCAUACAAGUUUGAGGAUGAUUUCAGAACGGUGGCUGGUCUGGAGCUGCAGAAGCUGGAUGAAUUGGACUGUCUUAUUCAAGGUCUGCUGUACGUUGACUCAGUCGGGUUCAAUGGCCACCCUAAUUGUUAUUUUUUCCAAAACCCCUCUGACCCUGAAAACUGUGUCAAGAGCCCAUGUAGCCUGGAGAACCCCUUCCCCAUGUUGCUGGUAAACAUUGGUUCGGGGGUUAGCAUCCUGGCCGUCUAUUCCAAGGACGAUUACAAGCGGGUCACGGGCACCAGUCUAGGAGGUGGUACGUUUCUAGGCCUGUGCUGCUUGCUGACUGGUUGUGAGACGUUUGAGGAGGCCUUAGAGAUGGCAGCUAAAGGGGACAGCACAAACGUGGACAAACUAGUGAAGGACAUUUAUGGUGGCGAUUAUGAACGCUUCGGCCUCCAGGGCUCUGCUGUUGCAUCCAGUUUUUGUCAUAUGAUGUGCAAGGAGAAACGUGACAGUAUAAGUAAAGAGGACCUGGCCAGGGCCACUCUUGUUACCAUCACAAACAACAUUGGCUCCAUCGCGCGCAUGUGCGCAGUGAAUGAGAAAAUUGACAGAGUGGUUUUUGUUGGGAAUUUCCUUCGAAUCAACACAGUAUCAACUAAGCUACUAGCGUAUGCCAUGGACUUUUGGUCUGACGGACAACUGAAAGCCCUUUUCUUAGAACAUGAAGGUUAUUUUGGAGCUGUUGGUGCCUUCCUAGAGCUACUAAAGAUGACAGAAGACUUCUAAGACGCAGAAGACAUCCCAACCUUCAAACCAGAAGCUGCUAAUUGCCUUAUGCAGUAGGGUGCCGUUUUGACUUUGGGUGUCUGGAUUAUGCACAAUGGCACCCCAACAUCUCUAUGAGCCUCAAAAGUAACUUCCAAGUGUUACGGAGUGCCUUUUACUGAUGGAGACAAGGCUUUAUCUCUGUAUCCUCUUUGUUGUUGCAAAUGUAACAUCCAGAUGUCACUGUAUCCAUUGAUCCUAACCGUAUAUUGAGGAGUUGUUUCUUUUUCUGAUUAGACAUCCCACAGCAGACUGAAUGCAUGUGUUGGUACAUUGUAUUUUAACUGAGCCAAUGCAAAGCAUGUAAGCAACUGAAAAAGUGUGUCUUUUCCUUAGGCCCUUAGAUGGUUCACUCCAUCUAAUGUAGACCAAAUGCCUUUGCAUCAGGUUCUGUUCAUGUAAACCAGCGUUAUGCCUAAAUCGUAUGUCAGCGCAUGUUCAUUCCUCAUGCUAAUUGUUAAACUUGUCUUUUUUUAUCAUGCAAACAUUGUAUUAUAUGUCUAUCUCGAACUGUACAUUUUACAGCUAUUUUUAGGAAGCAUGUUCUAAACUAUAAUUGCUUUUUCCAGAGCUAAAUUGUUUGUUUAUAAAUCUGAUAAUUUUAUGUGAAAUCCCAUGCUAAUAAUCGACAUUAAUGACCUCAGUCUUUUGACAAGUUUGUCUGUUAUGUACAUGAUCUGACAGAGUAUGUGUAAUUCCAUGAAGUCAGUUAUUUUUGUUCCAUUCUCAGUAUUCAGACAAACUUACCUAUGAAUCACAAACAGUAUCACCAAACAAUUAAGGAAGUGCAUUUCUUAUAUUGGUGUUGAUCGCAGAGGUGCACCUGAUUUAUUUAUGCCUUCUAAAAAGUUUGCUUUACUGGCUCUGAAAUUCAUGUCACAAAGAUUUUUUUCAUAUCAGUUUUUAAGUUAUAUUCAUGUGAAAAGCAAACUACAUUUGUCAAUAAACUGAUUUGUAAAUACCUAAUAAAUGUGUUAAUGAAAACA